AUGGUGAAGAGUCUAAUGAAAAAGUGGAAGGCAGAUGUUUAUUGUAUACAGGAAACAAAGAUUAGCAAGGACUUAAAAGCAAUGGCCAAACAGCUAUGGUCAUGUAGGUGGAUGAAAUGCGGCUACUUGGAAGCUGAAGGCAGUUGUGGGGGGAUCUUGCUGCUGUGGGAUAGUAGAAUCUGGAGUGGGACCCUUGUUGAAACUGGUCAAUACUCCAUUACUUAUGAGUUUGUAUCAACUCAAAAAAUUUUCACCUGGUACCUCACUGGAGUGUAUGCUCCUCAUACCAGAGAUGAGAAGUUGAUAUGCUGGGAAGAAUUGGCUGCAGUCAGGACUUUAUGUGAAGGUCUAUGGAUUACAUGUGGAGAUUUCAAUACCAAUAGAACUAUGGGAGAAAGAAGAGGAUGUAACAGAAUCUCUUAUGUUAUGUCUGACUUCUCAAGGUGGAUAGAGGAGAUGGAGCUACAUGAUCCUCAUUUAAAUGGUGGAAAGUUCUCCUGGUUUAGAGGCAUCAAUCAUCCUAAAAGUGGUAACUGGGAGCAGAAAAGAUCAAACUUUAAGUUUGAGAAUUGGUGGCUAAAGGUGGAGGGUUUCACCAACUUGAUUCAAAGUUGGUGGAAUGAAUUUCUAGUGGAAGGUUGUCCUGAUUACAUAUUGAAUAUUAAACUAAGAAUGCUAAAGCAGAAACUCAAGGAGUGGAGCAAGUCAAAUUUUGGGGAGCUCACUAGUAAGAAAAAUAGCUUACUUGAGGAAUUUGCAGAAAUUGAUUUGAUACAAGAAACCAGGGAAUUGACUGAAGAUGAAGUGAUAAUAAGAGCCACCAUAGUAGUGGAGCUGGAAGAGUUGACAAAAGAUGAAGAAUCGAAAUGGAGACAAAAAUCAAGGGUUUUAUAG